GCAAUUUUAUUCAAAUCUAACCGGCGCCCAGUUCAGUUUCCGGUUAGAAGUCAGACUUAAAUUGACGUGCAGUAACGACCACUUCAAAGCGAUGUGUUUAGUUUGUCGUCACCAGUGUGUCAGUUUUAAUUCUGACCAGUAGGUGGGACUUGAUGCUCGGUGCACGGACUUCUCGUUUCCUCGUCUCUGUUCGUAAUGCUAUUGCUCCAAGUCUCAGAGCAGUGCGGAAACAACCUGGAGCUAAGCGGCUAACAGCAGCAGAAGACGCGGUAACCCGUACAAUGCAGUCUCGAGAGGAAGACAGACCGGGAGUAUUUAUUUUUCAGCCACUUUUGCUCUAACGGAGAAUUAUUUUUUUUCUUUCUUAAUAUUUUUAUGGCCUCGAAUAUACUGACACGCGACAGCAUUCGCAUUAAUUUGACAUACCUUCACACUCAUUAACACGCCCGCGCGCACAUACACACAAACAUCAUCGCAACGUACAUACAGACACAUUGAAGCCACACGACACACAUAAAUUUCCAAUUUGAUAACGGUGGAUACCCAACUCUUUUCUGGCACUGGAAACCAUGGAUCUAUCCUUCUGUACACCCAAAAUUUGCUGGUGGAGGGUAUUGUUUCUCUUAAGCAUCUUUCAGGACUAUCUGAGCUCCAUGCUGGACUGCCCGCCAACCUGCAGCUGUUCCCCAACCGAGAUCUACUGCAAUAAGUCCGACAAUGGGAAAUUCUUCCCUUUGCUGGCGCUGCAAGACACCGGGACUAACGGAAAUAACAGCAACAACAUCCAAGACCUGUUCAAGAACAUCACAUCAAUACACAUAGAGAACUGGACGGGCUUGCAGACGCUGAAAGACGUGGACAUGGAGCUGUACACUGGACUGCAGAGGCUAACAAUCAUGAACUCCAACCUGCGGGUGAUCCAGGCGAGAGCUUUCUCCCAGAACCCACACCUGCGCUACAUAAACCUGUCCAAGAAUCCACUGACUAUGCUGUCAUGGCAACUCUUCCAGAAUCUGCAGCUGUCUGAACUACGGCUGGACGACGUGGUGUUCGAGUGCGGCUGCGACGUGCGCUGGAUCCAGCUGUGGCAGCAGAGGAGGGUGGCCGGGCUCCACAGGCAGCAGCUGUACUGCCACAGCGGGGCGUCCCGCAUCCCCCUGCGCAACAUGAACAUCUCCCUCUGCGACCUCCCGCGGAUCGGCGUGACUCACAGGAACGUGACGGUGGUGGAGGGCGCCAACGUCACCGUGGCCUGCAACGGCUCGGGCGCGCCCCUGCCCGAGGUGGACUGGACCGUGGGGGGGCUCCACUCCAUCAACACCCACCAGUCCAACGUGGACUGGCCCAGCGUCCACUCCAUCAACCUGACCCUGGUCAACAUCAGCCGGGAGGACAACGGCUUCGUCCUCACCUGCAUCGCCGAGAACGUGGUGGGCAUGAGCAACGCCUCCAUCCACCUGACCGUGCAGUUCCCUCCCACCAUCGUGAAGCUGGAGGAGCCGGAGAGACGGCACGACACCUGCAUCGAGUUCGCCGUCUGGGGCUACCCGGUCCCCGCCCUGCGCUGGGUCCACCGGGGCAAGGAGCUCCCGCAGGGCGAGUUCGUGCGCGCCGAGGCGGACGUCUACCGGGACCUGGUGGAGGGCUGCCUGACCUUCAGCAACCCCACCCACCACAACAACGGCAACUACACCCUGGUGGCCAGCAACUCCCUCGGCACCGCCACCCGCACCGUGUACGGCCACUUCCUGCACGCCCCGUUCGACGACGAAGAAUCACCCACACCUCCUCUCAGCGGAACUCACCAGUCGGACGAGGACACGUUUGGGGUGUCCAUCGCGGUCGGACUUGCCGGGUUUGCGUGCGUGCUUCUCCUCGUACUUUUUGUUCUCAUCAACAAAUAUGGCAGACGCUCCAAGUUCGGGAUGAAAGGUCCUGUAGCGGUGAUCAGCGGUGAGGAAGACUCCGCCAGUCCCCUGCACCACGUCAAUCACGGCAUUAUCAGCCCGUGCACGCUGGACGCCGGGCCGGACGCCGUGGUCAUCGGCAUGACCCGCAUCCCCGUCGUGGAGAACCCGCAGUACUUCAGACACGGGCACAACUGCAACAAGCCCACCACCUACGUGCAGCACGUGAAGCGCAGAGACAUCGUGCUGAAGAGGGAGCUGGGCGAGGGGGCCUUCGGGAAGGUCUUCCUCGCGGAGUGCUACAACCUCAGCCCCACCAAGGACAAGAUGCUGGUGGUCGUCAAGACCCUCAAAGACCCCACGCUGGCGGCCAGGAAGGAUUUCCAGAGGGAGGCGGAGCUUCUCACCAACCUGCAGCACGAGCACAUCGUCAGGUUCCACGGCGUGUGCGUGGACGGCGACCCGCUCAUCAUGGUGUUCGAGUACAUGAAGCACGGAGACCUCAACAAGUUCCUCAGAGCUCACGGCCCGGACGCCAUGAUCCUGGUGGAUGGGCAGCCCCUGCAGUCGAACGGGGAGCUGGGUCUGUCCCAGAUGCUGCACAUCGCCACGCAGAUCGCCUCCGGCAUGGUGUACCUGGCAACCCAGCACUUCGUGCACCGCGACCUGGCAACCCGCAACUGCCUGGUGGGCAAUGGCCUCCUGGUGAAGAUCGGCGACUUCGGCAUGUCCAGAGACAUCUACAGCACCGACUACUACCGGGUGGGAGGGCAGACGAUGCUGCCCAUUCGCUGGAUGGCACCGGAGAGCAUCAUGUACAGGAAGUUCAGCACGGAGAGCGACGUGUGGAGUUUCGGAGUGAUCCUGUGGGAGAUCUUCACCUAUGGGAAACAGCCGUGGUUCCAGCUGGCCAAUAAUGAGGUGAUUGAGUGCAUCAUGCAGGGGCGUGUCCUGGAGAGGCCUCGGAUCUGCCCCAAGGAGGUGUACGACAUCAUGCUGGGCUGCUGGCAGAGGGAGCCUCAGCAGCGCCUUAACAUCAAGGACGUCCAGAAGAUCCUGUACGCCAUGGGCAAGGCCACGCCCGUCUACCUGGACAUCCUGGGCUGAGGCCUCAGCGAGGUGGGGGGGGGGGGGGCCGAGGGGGGGCUGAACGGGCCGGGCGGGCCGGAAAACCCCGGGGGAGGAGAACCAAACGAGGCGCUCCAACUGUCUCACUUUCAGGACGGCGAUGGACACAAGUGCCUGCGACACGUUUCCACACACGAGACAUCUUUAAAAAACAAAAAAUACAUAAAUAAAAUAAAAUUAAAUAAAAACGACAAAAAAAAAUUAAAAAACGACUUUGAAAAAAAAGAGCACUUUUACAUUUUGUUUACCUACACGUAAAGCGUUGUACCGGACGAAGACGAGGAAACGCCUUUUUCCUUUUCUUACGAAUGGCCUCCUAGAUGAAACAAGAAAAAAAAAUGUUUAAAAAAAGGAUUGGAAAAACAACAACUCAAUUGUUUUGGUACCCAGACAGCUUGACAGAAGAUAACACUCCCUGGUGUUUCUUAUUUUAUAAAUAUAAUAUAUAUUUUUUAUUUAUUUUGUUUUUUCAAAGGUACGGAUAUCUGCCAUAUUUGUUGCUAAUGAUAAAUCACCUUUUAGAGACGACCAAUUGGCAGGGACUUCCUGAAGAAGGCCUUACCGCUUUCUGAUUGGCUGGAUCGUUAAUGCUCUCAGAUGCUCCAGAAGACAUCCAAUGGGGUUUUAUAUUUCUGAGAGAGGAAAACAAAAUCAUCUUCAUGAAAUGAGAAACACUUAGGAGCCACCAAUCGAUACAAACAACCUAAUUUAAUAAUCAAAUGUACAUAAUGUAAAUUUCUAUGUGUCGAUUAUGUUAACUUAUUUCUUAUUUUCUGUUUAGAUUAUUUUAGCUCUUUGGUGUGCCGUUCUGGUGAGUUCAACUUAAACUAUUUUGAGAAUCUUCUUUUUUUUUUCGUUUUGUAAUUCCUUGGGACACGAUCAUAAAAUGUACAAUUUCUUUUCGUUGUCAGUGAGGUCAUUUUGUUUUUAAUUUUCUGUACGUAAGUUUUGUAAUCAAAAGUAUGUAUUUGGAGACAGGGUUGAGGCAGAGACCUUGCAAGACGGGCCGACGGACCGCGGAGCGCCGAAACAGCGGUGAAGAUAUGAGAAUAGCUUUCUUUGUUCUAUCCUCUGAUCUGGGCUCACUUUUACUGGUGAUGUUUUAUCAGGACACUCUCUCCCUCACUGUAUCUUGGAAACAGUUCAGUGUGUACUAAGGUGAUGACGUUCCCCUUUCGCAUAUUUCACUGAGAUCAUGUUUAUGUAUAUAUAGCAAAUGGCACAGGACCACAAUGUUUGAUUUUUGAAUAUGAUAUUAUUUAGAGCCAUUUUAUUCAUUAGAGGAGGUGUAAUAAUGGGAUUAUUGUGUUUUUUCCUGUCUGUAAUCUGUCUCUGCCUGGAAUUUAUUGCCGCGGGCUGAAAAUGUAAUCUGCAGAUUAGUACAGAUUAAUACAGCGAGGCAACAAGCGAGUUUUUUUUUGAAAGAGUGACAGUUAGGUUCAGUUCGGUUCAACCAGUGCAGAUAAUUCUCAGCACAAAAUCAAAAUCAGAUUUUUAUCUCUCACACAAGCCAGUUUUAAUAUUGUUCCUGCAACACUGGAUCUGCAUCUGCUGGUAGACACCAUCUCAUGAGUUAUUGCAUUUGUCAUUUGUUCUUGUGAAAUAUUAUGGCUUCAAGCAUUAGUACUGCAUGAUUUUCUUUUUUUUACUCCCCAUUUUAAUGUGAUCUGGGUUUCGUGAGGAAAACACAUUAUCCUUGAAAAAUGUCAGACUGUUUUGCAUUUAAAGAACAUUGGGGGAAAAAUAAUCUGGUUGAUCAUGGUAAAUAUGUGGGAGGUCAUGUGGGGGGUGGGGGAGUGGGGUGAGGGUGGUUAAAAGUGUUAGGCUGCCGUACACUUGGCAUUCUGUUGACAAAUACUGUACCAGGGUGUUGCUUUAAAGCGCUUUCUUCAGUUGUGCCGAGUAAUGGGCCUGGUUCGUGGUUGUAUGUGCUGCUGUGUCAUGUUUCGCUGAUGAACGCAGACCCACACGUCAGACCGAAGCCCUGUUCGGACAGGAUAAGUUUCACCAGGGGAGGAGCGGUAAAGUGAUUAUUACCGUCUCAGUUUCUUCAGUCCUGUUCACGUCUGCCAUGUCCGUUACAUUUACGAGCUGCACACUCCCACGCCAGUAAAGAUUUCAAUGCUAAAUGCCGUGUAAAAAUAGCCCCAGGUUAUAGCAAUCCCAUGCGAAUUGACAUGUUGGAAAAUAGGGAUGUGUAUCGUUUAGAUUUUGCCAAUACAGAUGCUACAGUGGUACUUUUUAAAUGGUGCCUGUGCCUGUACCAAUGCCUUCUUUAAAAUAAAGAGCAAAUGACAACAUCAAGGAACUUUUGCAUUGCAAAGUGAAAGAAAUUGAACUAUUUAAUUGGUUUAUUAUAAAUCAUACUUUAUACUUUGAACAAUUUGUACCAUUUCACUUUUUUUUUACACAUUUGGACUGGGUUUAAAGAUGUUACCUGCUGUCACUGACUGAGUCGUCACAGUGAGUGUGACAUUAGCUAGUGUGACACCGAAAUAAGGCACCGAAUUCUGCAUUGCCAGUAGGGUACCAGAUGUAUGGGAAGCGGUGCCACAGUGGUACCCAGUUUCGGUACACUGUGGGAAAUUGAGAUUUCCUGGUUUUUCAGGUGUGGAGGCAAAGUUGCGGAAUCUACAUAUAAUGCAUGGCACUUUUUUGGUAUGACAACAAUGUGUAAACUGAAACAGACACUCCCAUCUUUGCAUUUGUAGAGACUAAUUAGAGAUACUUUUUCCCGUCCAAAUUCAUCAUUGAAUCACAGAUGUCCUGUUACUUUACAGGCAUUGUCCAGCAGACUUACCCUGUCUGAAUAGGGCUUUAGUGAAAUUAUUCUGUAUUCAAGCCAACUUGCAAAACAUUACCCGUCAAAGGCACCAUACUUUCAUUCAUGCAUUCCUCGCACAUUCUGGCCUGUCAGUUUUAAGUGAUUGAGAUAUGUGCUGAGGUGACUUUAACAGAAAUAUGCCUUUCUGAUCAAGAAGGACUGUUCAUAGAUAAUAUUUUGCUCUUAUUUCCCAGUGUCUAAGAUGUGAAAAUGUUCUGGUCUAGCACCUCAUUUUAUUUUAAUUGUACACAUAAGGCAUUUCAAACAUCUCAUAAGCACGGUGUAACUAUUUCAUUAACUGUCAUAAACAUGUGCAAUGUUUUGUGGUGGCAGAAGUAAUGUGGUAUAGUGGCUGCUGAACAGAACUGACACACGUGCUCAUGAAAAGGUAGCAUAUCGCACCUUAAGAGCCGUUAUAAAGCACAGUAUUUGCUUAUAACUACUUUGUAAGCUGGUAAUGCUUUGCUGGAGCGCUUAUACCUGUGUAAUAAAUGCCUGCUGAAGGUACACUGAAUGUAAAGUGUGAUGCUCAGAGGCUACAAGUGAUUUAGCGUUCAGCAGAGGUAGGCCUCAGUCCUCCAGCUCUUAGUCUUGGCUCUGGUAUCUGUCAGUCACCAAACUGCCCGAAUUUUCAUCCCUUUUCAUACCUGAAAAUUCGUACCUUCCGCUAAUCUCGUGGAGAACAUACUCGGAGGCUCUUUUGUGGGGCUCUGGCCCAGCCGGCGGAGUCGAAACGCAGCCGCGCAACGCUCCGAUCUCGCCGUAUUCUUGGCGAGGCUAUUCCCGAGCUCGCCCUGAGAGAGAUCACUUUCCCGACGUGUCCGCGGGGAACUCGCUUAAUUCUCUCCCCGGACGACGGAGACAUUCACACCUUUGCAAUAAUUUUCCUCUCACUGUAAUGUCCCGUGCCGGGCGCGCGCCCGAGGAGAUGCGGUCGCGGGUGUGCGCGCGGAGCGCGGGCUUCUCUCACUUCCGCUUUGUGCUCUCGGCGCUGCGCAGAGUCCGUCUCCACCGACCCAGAUUAGGGCCUCACGGUGCCUCGGCACACGAGCCGAACCUGGGAUCAGUGGAAUCACGCUUCCCCAGCCAGUUGCCUUGACUCGCCAGGUUUCGCCCGUCGAAGGCGGGGCGAAGAGCAAACGCCUUCGUGCCGAAUUAGGCGAUUUGUCACGCGCGGUGUGGAACACAUCAUCCGGAAGGUUCUACGGCGAGCGUUGAGGAUGCGCACAGGAAGUAUGGGGCUGGGAGCACAGGAAGACGUAUACCGCUGUAACCCUGUCUGAGCUGCGUCUUAUGGAUAUUUCAUGCUCGCUGGUCUCAUCGGAGCAAUAAGGAUUAAGCUUGCUUCUCUCGAGCCAAACAGCCUGCUCCUUUUCCUCAGACAAAGCUGCCGCCAUUAUCGUUUCUCAAACCGAACACUCUCUGCAUUAAAAUCGGCCCCAAGGCUACAUCACUGACUCUCUUCCAGUGCCAAAAUUUAACAUGCAUUUUUUUUUGUUGUUGUGCAAAUCAUCAACGCAAUAUCAUUUCUCCAAUAACGAGGAAAGCCAUUACAGGAAGUGACACCUGACCAUAGAAAGUGAACCUCUGUCCUAUUCCUAGACUGGCUGAUGACUUUUUCCACCACUAGAGCACUUCAGAGGUUAAAAAAAAAAUCAAUUUCACCUGUCCAGUGGUGGUAAGCAUUUCAGUUUCUUUCACUUAUUUGAUUUGUUUGAUUCAGUUCACAACAAAGGUUCACUGAUUCAUUCAGUUGUAUUUCUGGGUAAACUUUUGGUUGAACACUUCAAAGGAUCAAUGAGCAUCCUGCAUUCCGUUAGUACUGAUUACCAGUUCUAGCAAAGCCUGUGCCACAAGCUAGCUGAUGUGCACCAAUGUUAAAACCAAUUAUACACACCACUUUUUUUUAACUCAAUUGUGCCCUGUUUAAACACAUUAAUAUUUGAAAAGGAAUAUAGUUGCUGCAGUCAUGCAAGGAAAUUUCACACGCACACACACACACACACACACAAACACGCAUACACGCAUACACACAGAGCCAUGGGUAUUUGUUGAAUUUUUAAAUGUUUUGUGUCUGUAUUUCUCUUGAGAUUUAGGAUUGAAAAAAUGUUGAUUUAUGUCUCCCCAAUAUACAUUAUAUCUAUUAUAUCAAUAAAUAAAUGACUAUUUUCAUCA